UUCAACUUGAUGGUGUUUCGCAAAAGGUAGUUGGCAUCAAAAACAUCCCAGCGAAAAACUGUCCCAUCCUGAGUCACUCUCUGGGAUUAAUUUUUUCUCCACGUCCUGGAUUGAUGUUCCGCAUCCUCCUCCUCUUUUUCCUCUGUAGCACUGUCCUCGCUGCCUGCAAGUGUUUGGCUUAGAUUUGGCCUAUUUGGCAACCACCAGCUCUUGAGGGGGAGCAGUCACGUUGCAGAGCCACGUGCCAGUACAGCGAGCGACUGGAAAGCAGCCCGGAAUGUGAAAGUUAAUCAGCCGAAGAGCAACAGCUUUACAAACUGCACAUGAGGAAGGGCGGCCGGGCUGGGGGAGGGGGGAAACACGAUGAAGAAGAGAGCAGCAGUAGACGACGGAAUCUGUCCAUUCUGCAGCCAUCAGCACACAGCAGCAGGAUAAAUCGCCUCUCAGUCAUUCCCUGCUGCUGGAGAGCCUUUGAUAGGUGGUGAGGGAGGGGAAACCAAACAUCUGGAUGUCAACAAGACUCUUCUGUGAAGUCUGGAAGUGACAAGUGCCAUCUUUCUCCACAUCGGGGCAGCUGCGCCCCAGAUCCGUGCGGGAAAAGCAAGCAAUCCCCUUGUGGGAGAGGCAAACGUGACAAGCAGCGAGAGCCCCUGCAUGGAAUCAUUGCUCUGUACGCUCGUUGGUGAGCGGUGGAUUGGAGAGCAAAUGGAGUGGAGACCAGUGAAGGCAAACCGUGUACGAAGGAACCUCUUCGGCCCUGUGGACCAUGAGCAGCUGCAGCAAGACUUCCAGCACAUGCUGCACAGCAGCAUGGAGGGAGCCCAGCAGAAGUGGAACUUUGACUUCUUGCGAGACAUGCCAGCUGAGGGGCUCCUGCAGUGGGAAGAACUACAGAGCCACGAUGUCCCGGCCUUUUACCACAGUUGUGUGGUGAGUGAGGCUCGCAAGCCAUUGAAGCCCUUGAACCAGGGCAUAGUCAAGGAGGUGAAGACUCACCACUUUGCCACAGUGACACUGACUGAGAACCCCAAAGUUGCCAAGAAAAUGUCAGGCAAGAAGAGCCAAGCAGGGAAGAAACGAAGACAGACAUCCUUGACAGAUUACUACUCAGCUCAGAAGCAAGUCAAAACUAACACUCAAGCUGCUGCAAAGAAUUUGGCUUUCUGAAAUGAAACACAGGAUUGAUCUGCACUAAAGAUGUUAUAAAGAGCUGCCAAGUUUAUUUGACAUUCAGAAAUUGUGUGUGCAGGCUACAAAUGCUUGAGGGCAUCACAUGGAUUGAUAUAUUCAUGAAAGAACUGAUGGAAAGUCUUAUAAACACAACAAAACUCGCAUUGGAAUGAAGUUAAACUGGAAGCCCCUUUGCUAAGGGUCACUAGCCUUAAAGGUGUUGGUAAGCAAAUUUGGAAAUGUUACAGGAAUUGGCUAAUAGUAGCAACUUAACCACUUGCGUUUAAAAAAAUACUGCAUAUGAGAAAGCAGUGAACAUAAGGUUAAACAGCUGUACAAAUGUACUGCUAUGUUUGAACAUGUCAAAAUAUGAUCAAGACCAUAUGAUGUUUCCGAUUUUGUAUAUUUUACAUCUUUAAUGUAUAGCUUGUUCUCUAUUUCUAAGAGUGAUGGCUUAUCCAAUCAAUAAGCUUCAACAGCUAAACUUUACAGAUCUGAUUUUUUAAAAAAAGUUCCCAACCCAACCUACAAUUUUUAAGGUGCAAAAUUGUGAUUACACUUUUGUACCCACAACUAUUUGUGGACAUAAAUGGUGGCAUUUAUGUGACAAAUUCUCUGCUGCUGUAAAUGGACACAGCUGUAUUUACUUCAGCGGAGUUUUGUCCAUUUACAUCAGCAGAGAAUUUCAUCCUAUGUGUCUGUCUACUUGACUGUGUUAAAAAAUCAUGGUGUUAACAUGUGACUGUUGUAAAUGUAUGUCUGCAAAUUUGCACCCAUGAAAUCAAGGAUCUUAUGUUAAAAAUCAUUCCCUAUAUCUGCUGGGGCAAAUAUAGCCUUCAUUUUCACCUGUGCAACUCCAUUGAGGCCAAUGCGUGUGUGAAAAUGAGAGCAAUAUUUGCCCUGUUGGCACAGUGUUUUGUAAUGCAGGUUACUAUGGAGACAUUUGGCUAGAUUCAUAAAGAAACGUAGGCAUGGUGAUGCUCAGCAUCAUCACACCUAACUUUUAGGUUCCUAGGAACUCUCUAGGAUUCACAAAGCCUGAGUUCAGUGCCUAGACUCCCUGUACAGUGAAUGGAGAGAGAUAGGUGCCUCAGAAUUGGAUUCACAAAAGCCAGCAGGCUAGGCAGCUCCUUGCCCAUGCUAGCCAUUGGGAGAUGCCAAAAUUAGGGGGGAGGGGGUGAUAAGCUGCACUCCUGUCAGUGAGAUGGGUGUUGAAGUCUGGGCUGCAGAGAGGUACCUCAUUUGGCUUCCGAUUCUUAUGUGCAAACCCGCUUUUGGGGUUAAUCUACACUGCUUUAGCAAGAUUUUGGGGGGUCAGGGGAAAACCACCCACAUAACUUUGAGCCCAGUGGUUUGGGCACUCAGAGGUGGUAGGUCCCAGUUCAAAACUCUUCCCCCCAUAAGUGAAGGUGGGACUAGAACUGGGGGUUCCCACAUCCCAGGUAUAAGCACCCUAACCACAGGGCUAAAACAUUGGAGGGAGGGCCUCCUCUUUGCUCACCUCCUGCCAUUUUGUGUAUUCUCGUGUAUAGGGGCCCAAUCCAGUAGGCAAGCUCUGAAGAUGCUUACCAGAUUGUGCCCUGCAGGAAAGUUAGGCAGAGGAACUCCUGUCUUUCCUUGGUUCAUGCAUCACUCUGGAGUUAAGUAUCUGGAUGCCUGGCAUGGGGUUGCAGUGUGCAUGCUCAGAGGAAGAGCCAUAGGUGCCUAGGGAAUAUUUCCUGCUGAAAUGUAGGUGCUGAGUGAGUUUAGGCACCUACAGGAUUUGGUGGCAGCUGGGACUGGGAUGGGAUUUGUGAAUCCUAUUGUUGCCUGAUUCUGGGAUUUAGGCACCUAAAGUGGCAGUUAAGCACCUAAGUCCUUUUAUGAAUUUAGCCCAUUGUUUUUUUAUUUUUAUUUUUUAAGCCCACACCAUGGUGUUUCCAUUACUAUUUAGGAUUUUUAGGCAAGAAGAGAAAAAGUUAGUUUAAUAGCACUCGCUCAUCUAUCCCUCUUGGCAUUGCAUGGAUUAUUAUUUCUAGGCAUUUUUGUACCACACACACUUCCUUUCUAUUUCCCUUCUCCACUCCACCCACCAAUUUGGAUAAUUGGAUUUUAUGGCUCUUGGCACCCAGUAUAUAAAAUGUAAAGAGAAACCUACAAAAUAUACAUGCUACAUUAUUCUUGUUCAUAUGGACUUGAGUAAGUUGCUGUGUUUCACAAACGAGUUUGGAAAGACCGCUGUGAUUUGGGCAUUUUUGAAAUUACACAGUGAUUGAGAACUGCUUUUUGCCUAAAAUCUAAAUAUACGAAGUCUUGUACAGUAGAUUUUGUCUGGGUAUAUGUAUAUUUGUGUAUGCUAUACAUAUGGGAUCCAGUUUAUACAUGUUCACACAGAUACUACAUGCAACACCAAGACAGGAUAAUUAUUUUUCCAUAGCAGCAGUGACGUUUAGAUGUAAACAACAGUUCAUUAAAGCUACCAAAAUAUACCCAAUUUUAAUGAGAAAAGGCAGUGAAUCAAGCCUGUUCCUGUACGUGCUGAGCUACGAGCUCUCAGCAGGUUGCAGGCAUAGGUGCUGAAACUAGGAGUACAGAGGGUGCUGCUGCACCCCCUGGCUCGACGUGGUUUCUACC